UUUUGGCGAGCCGGUGGUCCAUCAGCCGCGGGUUACCUCUGUCCCCCUCGUUAGACUUCGUCACCACCGCCGUUGUUCGCACACCAUCAUUAACCGUACAGGUUACGGACAUUUUACAGCUCUGACUGCGGCACACGAGCUCAUGUAUGAGGGGUAACAUUUCCCCAGCACCUCGGUGUUGCCCCGGAGCUGCAGGCCUGCUGACGGGGAUCAAGGCGAACUCCCCGCUAUGCCAACGUAGCGCUGUUAGCAUAGCGCCUGCUAACACAAGCUAACGGUUAGCCGUUUGAUGUUUAUCUCUCGUCAGUGCUGCGAUGCUCACUUCAUGUGUUGUGUGAAUGGCCCGGGGUUAGCCGUUAGCUCUGUGUGUGGCUGUGAAAACCGUGAACACAGCGUUAUUUAAGGUGCACUGUAUGAAGCAGGGGGUUAGCAGUGUGUAGCCAUUGUGUGUGUGUGUGUGUACAGUGGCGACACGGCGUUGAAUUGUGAGACCGCACAGUUCCGUUAUGUUUGUUUUGAUAAGAAGACGCUCAACUUUUUUAUUUUUGAAGUCAACGACCCACACGUUGAACACUUAAAACACACUUUGUACACAAGCACCGCGAUUAGGACACGAGUGGGUUGUGAGGUGACUGAUCCAAGCACAACGACGUGGUGAUGACCUGGAUGGUGCCAUGUGAAUGACUGAAGACCAUGAAGCCCACACACAAGCUGCUGUUCGUCCUGUGCCCCAUGCUGGUCCUGGGCUUUAUUUACUACUCUUCUGGGAAGCUACAUCUACACGUGUGGGGCCAGAAGCCUCACAGUGAUGCAGAAGCGACAACUGUAGUCCUGACUAAAGGGGCUGAAGUGAAAAGAAUCACAGAGGUGGAACCAGACAUCAGCGUGGGACGAAUAGUAGGCUCAGUGUAUGAUAAGCAGGGCUUUCUGCUGCAGCUGGAUACAAAAUUACCACUGGAGUUGUCGUACAAGUAUGGUAACCUCAGCGAAGGAGUGUGCAAGCCAGGAUACGCAGCAGCCAAGAUGACCACCAUCUAUCCUAAGUUCAUGAAACCAGCGCCCAUGUUUCUUGAUCGGAACUUCAAACGUCUUGCAAAAGUCGGCAAUUACUUGCCUCCAUUUGGUUUUAAAACGCAAGAGAGAAUCAUAGACAGCAUUUUAACUACCACGAAAAAUUAUGGACUUGGAGAGGAGCUGGACAGUCUUAGCUGUAAAAGAUGCAUCAUUGUGGGCAAUGGGGGCAUCCUGUCCAACAAGUCUUUGGGCUCCCGAAUUGAUGACUAUGAUGUUGUAGUGAGGUUGAAUGAGGCACCAGUAAGUGGUUAUGGCAAAGACGUCGGAACCAAAACCACCAUCAGGAUUACCUAUCCAGAGGGAGCGAUCCAGAAACCUGAAAACUAUGAAAAAGACUCACUUUUUGUUUUUUCUGCUUUCAAAUCACUGGACUUCAAGUGGCUCAGACAGAUGGUCUUCAAGGAGAAACUGAGGGGCACAGAGGGUUUCUGGAAGUCGGUGGCUCACUAUGUGCCUCGUGAGCCGACCGAGAUAAGAAUCCUGAACCCCUACUUCAUCCAGGAAGCUGCCUUCCAGUUCAUCGGCCUGCCCUUCAACAAUGGCAUCAUGGGCAAAGGAAACAUUCCAACUCUAGGAACAGUUGCUAUAACGAUGGCACUGCAUAACUGUGAUGAGGUGGCGGUGGCAGGUUUCGGCUAUGACAUGAAUAUGCCCCAUGCACCUCUGCAUUACUAUGAGACUGUCAAGAUGUCUGCCAUUAAAGAGUCAUGGACACACAACAUAUCCAAGGAGAAGGAGUUCCUCCGCAAGCUGGUUAAGGCCAACGUCAUCACAGACCUGACCAAUGGUAUCUGAGUUUACAACCCACCUACAGUCUCCCUCUGCCUUUCCCAAAAGACUUACAGAUCAGGAAGCUGGGAAAAGGAUCAACCCAGGGAGAGAAAAAAACCUUCGUAUUUGGGUGGCCUGCACACUGCCGGGGGUUUUAUAUCAAAUAUUAGAAAAUAAAAUGAUACAGGAGGGUUUCUGUGGAGAGUUGCACACAUGUGCCUUCUGAACCAAAGACUCCUGCUGAUUGAAGCGGGGGUGGCGAGGGGUCCCGGUGAGGACUGGAUCUGCCUUGUUCCUGUCUCACCAUAAGACAGCCGCAGAAAAAGCUCCACCGGCCCCCGCACUCCAACGUUUACCACUUCACAUCACUUAAUUCACUAGUAAGAGCAGAGGUGACAUGUUGACAAGCAGAUGUCAGAAGUUUAGCUUGACUUACCGGCUAACUUGACGAAGGGACAGAGGAGAAAGGAAUAAAAAAAGAGGACUGUCACAGAGAUGAGUUGAGUAUUAGCAGUGCCAAACGUACCUCGUACAGGGGAGAGGUCGCCCACCUCUCCUUUUUGCUGCCUGAAUGUAUUCACUUUCCUCAGUGUAAAUAUCAAAGAUUUUUACUGUGCUUUUUAAUGAGCUGCAGCAGCCCCCCGCCCCACAUCUGCCAUUUGUCCAUUCAACCAUUCAACCAUUCAUUCAUUUACCUUUUUACUAACAGCAGAUAAAUCAGUGAGGGUCACCUGCCACACAGACUGGUGUCACUUCAUUGACAUAGUAUUGAAUUAAUGUACAGACUUCAGUUUCUGAAGUGUUUUCUGUAGAGAGAUUGUGUUAGUGACUCAUAACCAGGUGCUUGUUCAGUUGACUCUGCACAGAGGAGCUCUGUUUGGUUCCCUGAUGUCUCAUGUGGCUGCUUGGUUUAGGUGUGAGGCCAAAAGUAAGAAUAAUAGAGAUAAAUGACUUGAAAGUGUUAAUUAAAACUAAAUUUGCUGAAUCUUAAUUUAGAUUUUAGCUUUUAUGAUGUUUUCACCUACAAUGGAUUGGAACCACACAUAAGGACCAAUACAUAUUCAUUCUUUUCUUCAUAAUUAUUUAAAUUGGUCAGCCAGCUCUGGCAGGUGAGCCCUGAAGUCAAAUCUGGACACUACAUCUCUCUCUCCUCCUCUUUAUCUGUUCAUUACCACCAUGGUACUGUCUUCAUCACUUCAUCAGCUGAGAGCUUCAGGCCGCAGUGGAGACAUGCAGCAUUGUAACGUAUGUGGUGUCCGGUCGAGCAGGGCCGAGACUGUAUGUCAGACCCCUCUCCCAAACCUCCUGUUGCUGCAGACUUUUUUGUUCUUCAGUAAAUGGUGAAAUCUUGGAUUGUAGAAUAUUAAAAAAUAUAUAUAUAUUUUUGUUUUUAGGGUUAAUUUUAAUAAUUUAUUUUGUUACAAAGUCCCAGUGUGUUUUGGUCACAGGCAGGCCUGCUUUCCAUUGUUUUUGUUCAGAAAAAUGCAAAAGGUUUGAAUUUGUGUUUUGAUUUCACCACCAUGUGCUUCCUCAGAGACUGCAUCUUUAAGGGUUGUGGCAGAAGCAGUGUUGUGAUUAAAUCCACCGAUUUAAAUCUGUUUUUAAUUGGCUUAGUGUUAAAUAUCGGCAGCUCUUUCUUUCUGCCUGUCGUUCAGCUCACGUUAAUAUAAUUCAUUACAUUUUCAUGAAGGAGGUGAUAAAAGCUGGGUUUGAUUAUAAACAAACGUGCCAAUCAGGCCUUUGCUAUUUGCAGAAGAAGGUUUUGCCACGGGCUUUUCAGUAUUUAUUAUUUGCAUUUACACGCAGAACACAUUCAGUAUUACACAAUCAAACAUUUUGUUUCUCGUGUUCUAACUUCAAAAACUGUGAGAAUGUCACAUUAUAUAUUUUGAAAGAGUAAAUCAGCUUUACACAUUGAUACUGCAUUUUAAAAAAAU